CUUUCUUUCUUUUUGCAGAUCCUACAAGCUUAAAAAGCCACCGUUAGAACCGAACAUGCGCCCAAUCAAAAUGCCGCUGACGGCGUUGAGCUACGUGGCCGUGGUCCUCUGUUUGGCCUGUACCGCGUACGGAAGCGACCCGUCAGACCUGGCCAGUAAUGCCGACGCCGGUGACGGAAGCCGACCGGUAGGAGGACAGCGGGAGAUCUCGCCGGCCACCUUUCAGCACCUGUUGGCAGUCCGCUCGCCGAAGUACAACUUUGGCCUCGGCAAGCGGAAAUACAUCAUCGAAGAUGUGCCCGGAAAGAAACGGCUGCCUCAGUACAACUUUGGCUUAGGCAAGCGAGGGAGUUUCAAUCUGUUCGACUACGAAGAGGAACCUAGCUGGAAUAAUUUGGACUAUGCCGGACUGGUUGAGCGAGAACUCCAGGAGUAUGCCGAUGCCGAUAGCGAUAGAUCGACGGAGAAGCGAAUGACUGGUGGCCAACGGUAUCACUUCGGUUUAGGCAAACGGGCUCGGUUUGAUUUUGGACUCGGGAAGCGCGGAGAUGGAGAGAAACGGAUCCCGGACCGAUAUAAUUUCGGACUGGGUCGCCGUUAGGCUUUCAACAUACACACCAAUGCGGCGAAUUAAAUCCACUGGACCAUUCUCAAUGUAUAUUCUUGGAACUCUUCUUGACCACCCGUUAGCAAAUAAAUGACCUGCAUUCAAUGUUACCAUUGGGGAAAAUAUACCAUGCAGAUGAACAACAACGAUCGCAAACGUUUGCGAGCAUGACACUAUUUUAUCGAACGCAGAGGAGUGACUGUUGCGCCAAAUAACCGUCAUACACGGUCGAACAACGCAGAAAUAUGUCCCCGGCCCAUCCUUCCAAUUUUGACCAUCUCUUAUGAUUUUUGAGAAGAAAAAACUUCAUCGCACCAAAUGAAAGCCCCCUCUAAUUAUAAGUUUGUAUCCUUGGGGAAGAAAUAAGCAAAAUACUUUCUAAUCGAAUCAUAUGUAUUUUAACUGUCUUAUUACAUAAAUGCUGUCAACGUGCAAGAAUCUUAUUAAUAUCGAUUUAAUUGUUAUAAACCAACCAGAAGACGUGUGGAAAUGUGCCAAAAAAAACCAGAAACAAAAAUUAAACAUGUAAAUCAAAUCAAACUUAUCAGUAUUAUCAUAAUAGUGUAGAGCCAUUUCGAAAAUCAAACAGCUAAGACCCAAAGUCGAUUGCUUAUGCAACUUAAAUCAUUCAAGCUAUUGAUGUGCCGCAUCCAAGCCCGCGGAGAAGAUGCGACAAAUAACAUAACUUUCCAAGAACUCAGAGAGUCAACUAAAAGCUACUUUUAUUGAAAAUCUUAUCUUUUAAAUUGUUGCAAAAAAAAACAAAGAAUGCAAUGAGAGAGCCCUGAACUGUAAAUAACCGGUAGAUUAAAUUGCAAAGUGAAACACUACCCAGGCACGAAUUGACUAUCAGAUUGUUCAGUACUUUCGACGUUAGACGGGAGAGAGUGAACUUCGAUAGUUCCUGUUGUAGCUGUCGAAUUGUAAAUUUAUUCCAAUAAAUCACAUGCUUCUACUUCAUCGUUCAUUCUUUUCGUUAAUUUUCUGCUGAAUACACAAGAGCGUGUGAUGAAUGAGAUGAAAUUGCUUGGAAAAUAUGUCAUUAUCAAAAA